AUGGUUGAAACGGUUAAUUCCGUGCAGUUCGCUGACAGUGACAUGUACGGUCCUGAUGUCGCCCUAGACAAUGAUGAGAAUGAAAUGUAUGAUGAAGAACAUUUUUUGGGCGGAUUAGAUGAUGAUGAUGAUGAAGAAGAUGAUGUCGACGCUCCCGCUAUUGACCAAGAAGCCAUCAAUUGGGUUUACAAGAUGAAUCCUGUGGAGUGGGCCCUUUCGUAUGACGGUGGAUAUCGGUGGGGGGUAUUGACCAGCAAUGAUGCAGAGUGCUUCAAUAGCGUCUUGAAAGGCUUCAUGGCAUAUCUACCUGAUGAGGUCCCAUUUCUUAGUCAUUCACAUCGGUCUGACAGCAUAUGGGAGGACCCGGACCAGGUACGCACCGGGGUGGCAUGCCGGCGGGGAGAUUCCGACCUGUGGGAGCGUCCAUUGGACCAUAGAGUGUUGCAGUGGCUACUACGCGCGGGAUUCUAUGGUGUCUAUCGUAUAGGCCAUAUCAGACUGGAUCACCCACUCAUUACUGCUCUCGUCGAGAGGUGGCGGACAGAGACUCAUACAUUUCAUUUCUCGACCGGUGAGGCCACCGUCACAUUGCAGGACGUAUCUGUCCUAUACGGUCUAUGGAUUGAUGGGCGAGCAGUUACUGGACCUGACCCACCAUUUACGAUGGACCAGUGGAUAGCCCUAUGUGCUGAGCUAUUGGGAGUAGCACCUACACCUGCAGACUUACAGACAGGUAGAGUAAGGGUGAGGUGGCUGUCCGAGCAGUUUCAGGGCCAUCUUCCAGAUCAUGCUCCAGAUGAGUUAGUACAGCAGCAUGCCCGAGCAUAUAUUCUGUGGAUUAUUGGGGAGUCACAGAACCUACUUAAGCUGAUGUACUUGCCACUGUUGAGAGACAUUGACGUGAUCGGCCAGUACAGCUGGGGCGUCGCGGCUUUGGCAUGCUUGUAUAGGCAGCUAUGUCGCGCAGCUCUGAUUUGGGCGUGGGAGAGAUUGAUUCGCAUUGCCCCGUCUAGGCGGCAAGUGGUUGCUCCUGGUGAGGUUCCCAUCGGCCAGGGAGACAUGCAGUUGUCGGCCGGACCUUGA